CCCCCGGCCGCUGGAGUCCGCUUGUGGCCCUCGGCCCUCUCCCCUACGUCUCUUUCUAGUGCUGGAGCGGGACGGCCGUCAGAGGGGAGCCGAGCCGGGAGAUCUGGGGCUCAAGGAUUCUGAGUGGUUGGCCUCCCCACCUCACAAAGGGCUGCCCCUUGCAGACCCUCCCCUCUGCAAGGCCGUCAGGGGCUGGCCAUCCCAAACCGGACCAUCAGCAGGGAGCAGCCUGUCAUGCCGGCUCCCCAAGCUCCUGGGCACACUGAUGCUGCCUCUGAGCAUCAAGCAACUCUGGUGGGAAUCCUCUGUCUAGCCAAGAGACCUGUGAGCCUCCGUUUCCUCAUCUGUAAAGCGUGAGCCGUGGCUCCCAUCUCCUAGGACAGGCGGGAGGCCGUCUGUACCCUCUGGGUAAAUGUUCAGCAUGGCCCAAGAAUUCUAACAGGUGCACGACCCCAGGAGGGCCGCCAAACUUCACCCCCACCUUGCUCCUGGGCUGCUGCUGCUGUUGUUGCUGAGCACAGCCCUGAGCUGGGUGGUGUCUGGCCUGCCAGGUGGGUGGGUGGAUGGGGUGAGGUGAGCCUGGCCACUGGGACAGAGCUGCCAGGCCCCUUCCUGUUUGGCUAGUAGGUUAUCUGUACAAGGCUGUUCCACGUAGACAUGUUCGUUCACUGUGCUGCCUAGCCUGGACUUCUAGACGGGGCUCACUCCAAUGGCCCUGCAGGCAGGGGCCUCAGAGACCCCACUAGAUCUCCCCUCCUGGCUUUACAGGUAGGGAGAAGCUGGUGCAAGAUCACAGAGCAAGUCUGUGGAUGAGCUCCUUGGGGACUGCUGCAUGAUUUUGUUUGUAAUCACACAUCUCGCAUAUAUGAAAUACAGUCCAACUCUCCUGAGGCCUAGGAAGGGACUGAAAGUCAGGUCCCACAAGGAGCAUGUCCAGGAAGUAGGGGGUGUUGAAUUCUGGAGGCCUGUCCAGCGUGAGGGGUUAGGGGCUCAUGGGACUGCCAUGGUGUGUCCCCUGGAGGCUGAGCCAAGACUCGUGAGAAAACCCCAGAGAGCGGAUCUGGAACAGCCUGCUUCCUGUUCUCAGAAGUUCCCAGAGAGAAGCUGAGCAGCCAUUUCCUGCUCAGAGAGAAUUUGUGCCUGAGUCCUAGUGUUCUUUUGGCCCCUGUGCCCACCACACCCUCGGCCUGCCCAGUGCCCCUACCCUGAGACCUUACCUUUCCCAACUUUUCCAACUAGAAGUCAAGCUGUAGUGUUAUUCUUCCCAUUUACAGAUGAGAGAAACCCGGGGACUUGUCCGGAGUUCCCUAAGCUUGAGACAGUUCAGUAGUUGUGUGUUGAGUAGCUACUGGUACCAAGCCCUGUCAGACCCUAUCCCUGCCCCAUGUACUCCUUGGUACUUGUGCCCCCCGCCCGCCCCCAGCCUGCUGUCCUUCCCCAGGGCCUGACACUGAACAGGUGAGCAGUGAAUAUUUGUGUAACAAACACAUCGAUGAAUGAGUUGAUGCACAGGGCCUUAGUGGAAGGAUCAUGGGAUCUGGAGCCAGAAACUUGAGUUCAAAUCCUGACCCUGCCAUGUAUAAGCGACUAUGCUUUGUACCUUAGCUAAACUGUAGUUGUUGGUGGUGUGCACAAUGGGAUUGGGCUAUUGUGAUCCAUGGGGUAUUUACAGACUGAUUUUUGGAAUUAGAUCUCCAGGCCUUUCUUCCUAGUUUGUCUCCGCUUGGAAGCCCCACUGAACCCUAGUGAGCAUCAUAGCAGUACACAGGCAUCCAGGGACGGAGGGUGUGACUAUGCUUGGGCUACAUUGGCCAGGGCUGGUGUGUGCCCUCAAGUCUAACUGAUUCUGACUUGGUGACCCUACAUGACAGAGAAGGGUUUCCUGGGCCGUCAUCUUUAAAGGAGCUGACCUCUUGGUUAGUAGCCAAGCACGCAACCAUUGUACCACGAGUCCUUCCAACCAGGACUACUUCUCCUUUGUUAAGUACCACCUGGGUGUUUUUCCGGUCUCAUUUCACUUGCCCCUCUUGAGGACUUUUCCAGACGCCACCCUGAGAAUGUCUUUAUGGAAACUGAGGCUCAGACAACACAAGUUCCUGGUCCCAAGUCAUCCAGAAAUAGAGCCCAAUGUCCACCUCUCCUGCCAGGGCCCUCGGUUUCCCCCUCCGCCCAGGGAUGCAUCCCACCCACGACCCUGACACAACACAGCUCUCUCCCACAGGUGGCUUGAGCGUGGGUGACUUCCGGAAGGUGCUGAUGAAGACGGGGCUGGUGCAGGUGGUGCUGGGUCACGUGAGCUUCAUCGCGGCUGCUCUGCUCCAUGGCACAGUGCUGCGCUACGUGGCUGCCCCCCAUGAUGCCGUGGCUCUGCAGUACUGCGUGGUCAACAUCCUCUCAGUCACCUCUGCCAUCGUGGUCAUCACCUCUGGCAUCGCUACCAUCGUGUUGUCCCGAUACCUCCCGAGCAUCCCCCUGCGCUGGACAGUGUUAAGCUCAAGUGUGGCCUGUGCCCUCCUCUCGUUGACCUGUGCCCUCGGCCUCUUGGCCUCGAUGGCCGUGACCUUUGCCACCCAGGGCCGGGCACUGCUGGCCGCCUGCACCUUUGGGAACCCUGAAGUUCUGGCCCUCGCACCCAACUGUCCCUUUGACCCCACACGCAUUUACAGCUCCAGCCUGUGUCUGUGGGGCAUCGCGCUGGUAUUCUGCGUGGCAGAGAGCGUGUUUGCUGUGCGCUGCUCCCAGCUGGCCCACCAACUGUUGGAACUGAGGCCCUGGUGGGGGAAGAGUAGCCUCCGCCCGAUGCAGGAGGGCCGGGAGCCGAUGGAGGGCCAUGACCUGCUGAGCUGCACCAGCGCAGAGCCACUGACCCUGUGAGGGUGAUGCUUCGCCGAGUCCGAGCCAUGGGGCCGCAGACCAUGUCUGAACUGGACCCUGGGGCCAACCCAAGAGGACUCAUUGGACACUCGGGCACCCAGGUGGGACUUUUAGUCCCCUUUCCCGGCCACCCAGCCCACCGCACUGAGACGAGACUUUAUUCAGAAGUUGUUAAAAAGAACAGAGACGCUCCAUGUGGAUGCAUGCGGGAGGGUGGGGAGGGUGGGUCCGGCCAGGGGCUGUGCUUCUAACCCACAUGGGACACUUGUGCGUGGGGCUCUGGGGCCACCUGCCCAUCUGCCUGUGGGCCUGUGUUGGUGAGAGAGAGAGACCUAAUAUACCCAAGGGUCCGUGGG